CGUGACCUGUCUACAGGGGAAGCGCGGAGCCAGCUGCAGUGGGCGGACGGAAAGACCAUCAAGAAUGAGGUGGACCUGCAGGUGCUGCAUUUGCUGGGGCCAAAGACAGAAGCUGACCUGGAAAAGAAACCAAAGGCUGCAAAGGCCCGGCCAGCCCCAGCAGAGAAGCAGAAGGCAGCUGUGGUGGAGAACGGCGAGGUGGGCACAGAGACACGGUCGCUGCUGGAGCAGCUGCGGGGGGAAGCCCUCAAGUUCCACAAGCCGGGAGAGAAUUACAAGACGGAGGGCUACGUGGUGACACCCAACACCAUGGCUCUGCUGAAGCAGCACCUGGCAAUCACGGGUGGGCAGGUACGGACACGGUUUCCUCCUGAACCUAAUGGGAUCCUGCACAUCGGCCAUGCCAAAGCCAUCAACUUCAACUUUGGCUAUGCCAAGGCCAACGGUGGCGUGUGCUUCCUGCGCUAUGAUGACACCAACCCUGAGAAGGAGGAGGAGAAGUACUUCACAGCCAUACGGGAGAUGGUGGAGUGGCUGGGCUACCAGCCCUAUGCGGUGACCCAUGCGUCAGAUUACUUCGACCAGCUCUACACCUGGGCCCUGGAGCUCAUCCGCAGGGGCCAGGCAUACGUCUGCCACCAGAAGGUCGAGGAGAUCAAGGGCCACAACCCACCGCCCUCGCCAUGGCGGGACCGGCCCGUGGAUGAGUCUCUCCUGCUCUUUGAGUUACUCCUGGACAUGCGAAAGGGCAAGUUUGGGGAGGGGGAGGCCACGCUGCGGAUGAAGCUGGUGAUGGAGGAUGGGAAGAUGGACCCCGUUGCCUACCGCAUCAAGUUCACUCCGCACCACCGCACCGGGGACCGCAGGUGCAUCUACCCCACUUACGACUACACGCACUGCCUCUGCGACUCCAUCGAGCACAUCACUCACUCCCUCUGCACCAAGGAGUUCCAGGCGAGGUGA